AUGUCAACUAACGUCCCCGCUCCACCAGCUUCCUCCAAGGAAUACUACGAGUACCACCACCAUCACCGCCACCACCACCACGGCGCCAAGAAGCGCCUCUACCUCGAGCCGCCCACCAACGGUUCCGUCACCGUCCGCACCAAGAAGACGACAUUCAUCCCGCCCCCGCCUCGCGAGUGCACACCCCCUCCCCCUCCUCCCCCUCCCGUCAUCGUCGCGCCCGAGCCCGUGCCGCCGCCCAAGGUCGAGGCCCCUCCACCGCCGCCCCCGCCCCCGCCCCCGCCCCCGGCCCUGCCGUGCCCUCCUCCGCCCCCGCCGCCCAAAGCCGUCACCCCGCCGCCCCCGCCGCCCAUCGAGGUCAUCGCCGUCGACGUCGAGCCCUCAGUCAGGUCUGUCAAGUCGAGCAAGAGCUCGCGUAGCAGCCGGAGUCGGAGCCACAGCCACUCGCGCCGCGGGAGCCGGGACCGCGAGAGGGAGGUCCGCGAGGUGUACGUCGAGCGGGAGAAGCUUGUACCCGUGAGAGUCCCGUACCCCGUCCCCGUUCCCGCCGAGCCGCGGUACGAGACGUUUCGGUACGUUGAAGGGAGGCGGUACAGCCCGCCGCGGAUGCUGCCACCUCCGCCCCCUCCGCCCGAGGAGGAGCGGAUGCGCGUUACCAUCUCGGACCGGAGGAGGGAGAGGGAGUACAACUACCGGCGAUGA